CCAUCCAGGAUAAAGAAGCUGCAAAGAAAGAAGUGGUUCUUCUGGCAAAGAUGAAGCAUCCCAACAUUGUAACCUUCUUCAGUUCAUUUCAAGAGAGCAGCAGGCUCCUUAUUGUAAUGGAGUACUGUGAUGGAGGGGAUCUCAUGAAGAGGAUCCAGAGGCAGCGGGGAAUAUUAUUUAGUGAAGAUCAGAUCCUGGGCUGGUUUGUACAGAUUUCUCUGGGACUGAAACAUAUUCAUGACAGGAAGAUAUUACAUAGGGACAUAAAAGCUCAGAAUAUUUUUCUUAGCAAGAAUGGGAUGGUUGCAAAGCUCGGGGACUUUGGAAUAGCAAGAGUCCUGAAUACUUCCAUGGAACUUGCUCGAACUUGUGUUGGAACACCUUACUACCUGUCCCCGGAGAUCUGUCAGAAUAAACCAUACAACAAUAAAACGGAUAUUUGGUCUCUUGGCUGUGUCUUGUAUGAGCUCUGCACACUCAAGCAUCCUUUUGAGGGCAACAACUUACACCAUCUGGUUCUGAAGAUUUGUCAAGCGCAUUUUGUACCCAUAUCACCCAAGUUUUCUCAUGACCUGCAGUCCUUCAUACCUCAGCUCUUUAAAGUGUCUCCUCGAGAUCGACCAUCUAUUAACUCCAUUCUGAAGAAGCCUUUUUUAGAAACUCUUAUUGGCCGAUAUUUAUCUCCUGAGGUCAUUCGAGAAGAAUUCAGUCACACACUCAUGUGCAGAACACGACCAUUGGCCUCACAACCUGCUAGGAAGGCGGCCCAGGAUUAUAAAAUACAGAGAGUAAGAUUCCAGAAAAAGUGCCCACCAAGAUCAAGGAUAUCAGUGCCAGUUCAAAGGAAGGAGGUGCGACACAGACACGAGUGGCGACCACCAGGUGGUGCACAGAAGCCCAUAAUAAAUAUGGUAGACACUCCCAAAGUUGCUGCAGUUUGUGGACAUUAUGAUUUUUAUCAUGCUCAACUUGACUUGUUGAGGAAGAGAGCCUGUGAACCAAGCUAUCAUUAUGUUCCUCCAAAAGAUUCCAGAAUUGAGAAUUACAACCAGAAAGAAAGGCAUAGUCCUUCACCUACUCAAUGGCCGGCUGAGUACCUUCAGAGGAAACUUGAAGCUCAACAAUAUAAGUUGAAAGUGGAAAAACAGUUGGGUCUUCGUCCAUCUUCUGCUGAGCCAUAUCCCAAUGAGAGAGAAGAGCUACGGAGCCCGGGAGAAGACCCUACAUUCCAGGAGCUUCAGGAUAGGAAAAUCAAAAUGAAGAACCAGGAGUAUUGGAAACAGCUAGAGUUGAUUCGACAGCAGUACCACAAAGAUAUGAAGGAAAUUAAAAAGAAGAGGUGGGGAGAGCUGGAGGAGGACUUAGAUCUCGGUCAUAAAACCUAUUUGGUGAAGAGGAGUAACUUGCCCAUCCGCACAGAGGCCCCUGAAGAAGAAACUGUGCAGAACAUUGAAAGAGACCUGAAACAAAUUAGGCUUCAGAACAUAAAUGAUAGUAAAAUUCCACAGCAGAGACAUAAAACUAAGAAAGGAGUAAAGUUUGAAAUUAGUUUAGACAAGUGUAUUUCUGAGGAAGACACCCUCCAAGAGAAAAAGGCAGUGGAUACCCCAAAUGACACUUUGAGCUUUGAAGAUGGCAUGAAGCCUAAGGACUAUGGAUGUGUAAAGGAGCAUGGAGAUUACACAGACAAAGCCUUUGGAGAGCUCUGUGGCCCAGAAGCAGGUCUCAUUCAGGAUGUCACUGCUGCAGAAAACAGGAGGCAGUGGGAUGCCAGAGUGCCUCAGACUCUGCUGCAAAUGAUGGCAGCUGCAGAUGUCACCUCCACCUGCCCCACCAUGUCUAAUGAUGGCCACGUUAUUGUGAUGGAAGGUGGUCCAGAACACAGGAAGCAGUGGCAGCGUGGUACGCCAAGAACCCUGAUGAGCGCUUUGGCAGCAGCGAACCUCUGCAGCAGCUCUUUUUCUGCUGGCGAAGGAGAACCUGUAGUAAAGAUAAAACAACAGCUUCCUAAAGAAGAGGAAGAGGUAGAAACCGCCUCUGGCAUUGCAGUAGAUGAAGAACAACUGGACCCAGGAUCUGAUGGUGAUGAUACAAACUUUGAAGAAUCUGAAGAUGAGUUGAGGAAUGAAGUAGUAGAAUCCCUAGAAAAACUUGCUAUUUCCAAAGAAGAAAGGAAAGAAGCUUCCAGCUCCCCUAAGAAUGCUGAGGAGUCAGGAGGGAGAAGGAUAAACGUGCCAGGGUCUGGAGACUGCAGGGCAGGUCUGGAGGCUGAUUUGAUCUGCACUGCUGAGGAAGACCCAGGUUCACAGCCAUCAGCCACAGUGUGCAAAUAUGAACACGGUAAUCUCUCUCAUUGCUAGAGAUCCCUGUGCUUUAAAAAAAAUACAUUAUUUCACAGAGCACUGUGUAUAAAAUAAGUGAAAUAAUCUUGAGAGACAGCUCUUAUGACUUUUUAGGUUUAACUCUAUUAAGUUGAAAUUAUUUGUUCAGAUCUACAUUUAUUUUAUUUUGUAAAUAUUUUAUUUUUAUUUUGGGGGGCUCUUUUUGAGACAGGGUCUCCCUGUAGCCCCAGCUGGCCUGGAACUCACUAUGUAGACUACAGCUUUUACAUAUCUGAACUACUCAUUUCAAAGUCUAUAGAGUCUAACAAUGAAAUCUUCUUAGGAAUCACAAGCAAGACAGACACCCCCCCCCAUCCCUUUUUUCUUUUUCUACAUAAAAAUUCCUGGGCAUAUGGAAUCAUGUUAGUAGACAUUUGAGACCACAUGAAGAGAACAGUAUCCAAGAAAAUGAAAACUAAAAAAUCACUUUUUUUUUCAUGUUUUUGAGACAGGGUCUCCCUGUAGCCCCAGCUGGCCUGGAACUCAGUAUGUAGACCAGGCUGGCCUUGAACUCACAGAGAUCUGCCUGCCUCUGCCUGCCAAGUGCUGGGAUUAAAGGUGGGCGCUCCUAUGCCCCACAAAAGAUUACUACUUUAAGUGAUGUUUAGAUACAAGUGGAUUUUGUACUAAAGAUCUAAAUGAUUCUUAGCUACAAAUAUAGUACACAGGGGCUGGAGAGAUGGCUCAGCAGUUAAGAACACUGACUGUUCUUACAGAAGACCCAGGUUCGAAUCCCAGCACCCACAUGGCAGCUAACAA